AAAAAGGAAAAAAAGAGAAACCAAUUUGGAUUAGGGCUAAAGUUUUGGUUAUAUAUAGACAGUGGACGACACGAUCUCACUUGAUUUCUAAAACUAACCAUGGCGGAUCAUAACACUCCCUCCUUUGAAGUGGAGAAGAAACUCGACCAUUAUAUAAAAUACCAACCAGAAGGUGAAGAUUUCGUUGUCGAUGCUGAGGUCAAGGUUCUCCGCCAAGGAUCUCCUCCGUUGGAGAUGUUCUUCUCAUCCUCGCUCGAUGAAUUCGUUUUGGACGACGAAGAUUGUUACGAGAAAGUACUACUCUACGAAUUAUUUGUCGAUGAUGCUGGGAUAGAUGCAUCCAAGGCUCAGGACUUGCUCAAUGACUUGAUUUUGUACGUUUGUGAUAUGACACAACGGUUUGAGCUAAAAUUCACAGGAGUUUUCAAGUUGAUGGUCGAAGUUAGGGUUAAGUGAAACCUGUCAAGCUUAACCAUGCCGGUUCAGAGGAAACCGAAUCCCAAUAACCAAUUGCUACUACGGAGACGAGAAAGCGACGGUGAGACUUGAAAACCAAAUACAAAGGCAGGAGAGGGUUUUGUGUCUUGAAAGAAAAGUAAAGACUAUGUUUUUCCUUUUUUUUUUCUCUCUACCAACAAUUUCUGAUUUUCUCUUUUGAAUUCUAAUAUGUAAUAAUAGUUAAUUCUUCUGUGAAAUACUUAAUUCUGUCGUUAUUAAUUGCACAAAUUAUAUAUAUAUAUAUAUAAAAAAAACGCGCAAUUCUGUGAAAUUAGAGCAAUUAAUACAAAUCCAAGAGCAAGUUGUAUACUAGAGAUCCAAAUAUAUACAAACCAUAAUAUGUUCGAACCCAGAGUAUUAUUACAAGAAAAAUAAUAAACAAAUAAUAGCGAAUUUUAUACUACAAGGCUGGAGAGAAUAAUUCACAUCAGAUCCACACACAAGUCACAACUCGUCGUAAUAAAAAGAAAUUCCAAAUAGCUCAGAA